CAGCGUCUCUUUCCCCUGCGUGGUGCACCCUGGGGACGUGGAGGGUGUGCAUCCAUCUCCCGUCUUUCCCUCCGACUCCUAGCGCCAAGGGCUGCCGGGGUCUGCUCUCCCCCCUCUUGGCUGCAGUAUUGGCCCUGCUGCUGUAGCAGCACCCGCAGGAUGUUGGAGUAGGACAAAGGCUGCUGAUCAGAGUGAGGGAGGCAAAGAGGAGGCAGCCGGCGAAGCAGAGUUACUAAAUCCCACUCUUCCACACCUUUGGAUGGGAAGAAUGAGGAUGGAAGAGCAGUGGUGGAAAGGGGAGCUGGCAGCAGACAUUCAUCAGACUCUGAGAAUGAAGGAACUGAAACUGCCUGUCUAUAAGGCCCAUUCACCACAGAUUGGGAUGCGCCGCUACUUUACUGACCUCUUGACUGUCCUCAGUAGCCGCUGCAAUCUCUGCCCUACAGCACGGCACCUUGCUGUCUACUUACUGGACCUCUUUAUGGAUCACUACGAUAUUACUGUCAAGCAACUGUAUGUCAUUUCGAUUGCCUGCCUUCUCCUAGCAAGCAAAUUUGAAGAAAAGGAGGAUCGCGUUCCAAAGCUGGAGCAGCUAAAUAACUUGGCUUACAUGUGCAACGUGAACGUGGUGCUAAACAAAAAAGACCUGCUCAAGAUGGAACUGCUACUCUUGGAAAACUUCAACUGGAACCUCUGCCUGCCGACUCCAGCACACUACAUUGACUACUACCUCUUCGCUUCUGUUGGUGAGAAGGACCUUCACAAUGGCUGGCCCAUCACCUCUCUGACCAAAGUCAAAGCUUUCAUGGAGAAAUAUGCUUACUACUUCCUUGAUUUCUCAGUGCAAGAUUAUGCUUUCCUCAACUUUCGACCAUCUCUGAUUGCUGCUGCUUGUGUGUGCGCCUCACGCAUCUGUAUGCAGAUUUCUCCCUCCUGGACCACACAGCUCCAGCUGCUAACGUGUUAUUCCUGGGAGCAUCUUACCCAGUGUAUCGAAAUGAUGCUAAUAUAUUAUGAGAAUGAUGUCAAAGAAGUCAGCAACUUGAAAAAACAAGUAACCUUGCAGCAGCAAGUAGUGGGAAGUGUGAACCACCAAACCACAACUCAGGUCCUGUUUCAGCAAUCCAGUUAUCCCCCACUAGCCCAGCACUCAACUACCCUUUCACAGUUCCAGUCUCCAGUGCAGGAUUUGUGCUCUGCUUACCGUGACUCCUUGCAGGCCCACAGGCCCAGCAGCCUACUCUCUGAGAGUGCUAGCACCUCACUACAUUCUUACUCUGCUCUGCAGGCCAGCCUUCAACCUUCUGUGCAAACUCUGCCCAUCCAAGGACCUAUCACGAUGCAGGUAGCUAUAGCAACAGAACCUAGACACUGCAUCUCCAUGGCCUAUGGCAGCAGCUAUUUCAGUGGACAUCACUCCUACACAGCCAGGUGUUUUGACAGAUGACUGUCUAGAAAAAUGGUGACGUGAGUAAAGUCUGAACAAAGGGCCCCAUGGGAUGAGACCCAAAUGUAUAUCUGCAGCGAAAGGAACAGGAACACAAAGGAACAGAAUCUUUACAACUAGUUGAUUCCGAAGACGUUUGCUCUUGAGACCCUUUUCAAUGUAGGUGCCAUUCCUGCAAGGAUUGGGGUGUUGUCUUUUAAUAAGACUGAGAGAAACAGCAAUGCAAUAACAUACAUCACUUCAGGUUGUCACUUUGAAAAGCAUCUUGUGUAAGAAGUUAUACCCUAUGGGGCUUACUAGCUUAGCCUUCUGUACAGCAGGCUCCAAUUAAUCACAAAUGCUAACACUUGUGAUUUUAAAGGGUUAUUUUGAGCAGGAAUGCCUGGAGGGACUUCUCAAAUAACAUUCUUGUGGGAGGUUAUUGUUGAAAGUGGCAUCUAUCCAAAGGUCUCUCUGACAGUUUAUUCCACUGGAAACUACCACUAAAAAUGAUGCUAUAGAAGCUUCUUGAUGCUAUCUGGAUGAACAAUCCCAGUCUGUGCAAAAUCUCUAUGUAAAAUGUUGUUUUCCCUUUCCUUGACCUGGAGUGAAAGCAACCCGGAUGACCAUCAAAUCCUCUUUGCCUUAAAAGUCCUCUUGGAUUUGGGUGCUGUGCCACUGAACAAAACCUCUCUGCCUUCAUGUAAAAAAACCUCAAUCUUAAAUCACCUUUAGGAUUUUUAAGAUGCUGCUGCCUUAUGUGACUGGAUAUAAUUUGUUUAGUAAAAUUGUUUACAAGCUACAUCAGGGAUCUAAUGUUACUUGAAGAAAACCCCUUGGAAGAAAAUUCUUAUAUAUACACUGAAGGGGUUCACUGCCUUCAGUUUAGUAUUUUUGGGGAUUAAUGUAUUGUGGUCAAAGUGAAGUUUAGGACUGAAGAACUUGUACUCAUGAAGAGGAGGUGGAGAAGGGGAACCAGUUAAUUCUACCAUGGAAUUUAGGAAUGGUUAUGCCUUUAUUCUAAGACUGCAAUGUUAGGCUAUACAGAACUUUGAUCUUUAAAUUCCAUCUUGGAGCAUUCUAGCAAAACUGAGUUAAGGGUACUAGUAAUUUAACUGAAAUGAGUAUACCUGCUACCAUGUAUCCAAAGGGUUAUGUUUUUAAAAUCAUUUUGAGCUGGAACUUCCUGUGUUUGGUCAAAAAUUCUAUGUAGGAUUUGUGUGGUAAUGUAGAUAGUUACAAGUAACAUGGAGACUUCUACUUGGGUGUAGAACACUCACUUGAUAGGCAACCACCAUUCUGUAGUUGCUGAAAGCCAGUAUUCUUUGUUAAAGGUUCUCAGGACAGCAGUAUAGACAAUGUGCAAUAUGCUUUUACUCUGAUCUGUGGCAAAUGCUGUUUUUUUUUUAAAUAUCACGUUAGACAGUGCUGUUUAAGUUAUAUUUUUAGAGAACGUAGUUUUUAAGGGAUGUGUUGGGGGGUGGAGGGCAAAUCUCUCUCAAAAAUAACCUGUCUGCUAACAUUUGUUUUAACGAUGAGGGUCUCCUUAAAAAUAUUGCAUACUGUAAUUUUGUGUCACACAGUAAGAUGACCAUGUCCUUAGCAGAACAGGCUAGGAAAGUUUAAAAUCUAUUUCAUUUUUUAAAUUUUUUUUUUUAAGUUACAAAUCCUAACAAAACUGAAGAGGUAAUGCCUUACAGAAAUUAGUUUAGCAACUUAAAGAAUUUAGUUCACUCUUUUUUUAUUCUGUUUGUGUAUUUAUAUGGAACUUUUUUCCACAAGGUUUUAGCGUAUCUUAAUGACUGUUAUAGUCGGCCAUUCAGCAGACUGUAAAGAACCUCUUAAACAUGCAGGGAAUAUUUUGGUACUAGGGCAUUUCUGACUGUGGAAUCCAUGUGUUUUUUUUUGUAACCUCUCUAGAACAGGUCAUAUGAAGUCUUGUGUUUGACAGUCUGCAGUCACUCUUUAGUGACCAUUUCCACUGCUAGCUUGAUGAAGAUUGUUCAAUAAACAAAAGACCUGUAUCUGA